UUCACUUUCAGUUUGUUCUUGGUCAAAAUUGCAUGCAAUGAUCAGUCAUGUUUUAAUGUUUCAUCAAAUGCCAAGGUCCAGGGAUAAAAAUGGUAAGAUCUAUCUGUAGAACGUGUUGUCAGCGUCUGGAUAAAAAAUCAAGAAGAACAAUAUUUUCUCCCACAUUUGGUGUCUUCCAACAGUUACAUGAGGUGUUGGGUCAAAUUCCACAGGAAGGCGAUGGUCACUCCAGAUAUGUUUGUAGUCCUUGUUACAGGAUUUUACUGAAGUUGUGUAAAAUUGACCAUGACUUGAUACACAAGCUGGAUGAACUGAGGCAGAGAAAGGUUGAGUUGAUAAAAUAUCUCCGUCAAAAUCUGACUUUAGACAAUAUUCAGUUGCCUAGUGAAAGCAUGAAUGUGAGUUCAAGUUUCACCAUCCCUACAGAUUUAACGGUAGUGACUAGCGAAGACAUAUUUAAUAGAGAGGACAGUUCAACGAGAAGUGAGCCUUUUAUACAUUCACCUUCUCCAGGUAAAGCUGAGGGAUGUAUACUGAAUGCAAAUUUCAGUGAUGUUACGGUAAAGUUAGAGCAACAGGAUGAAGAAUAUGAAUACAGCAGUGCAGUUCAAACUGAAGCUGACAGCUUUACUAUCACCAUGGCUGACCCCACAGAAUCGGAUGAGAGCUACAAUCAGCCCACUGUAUCUCAAUGCCCCCCGCAGGUCAGUGGAGGGAGCAAUACUUCCUUCAGCAUGCCCGUGAUCUCCUCCCCUCCUAUUGUGAAUAGGGCACUUCUCAAUGGAGGACGUAAUGUGCUUCAAUCUGCAGUAGUACCCACCGACAAACAGAUUGUGUUAGUGGAUAACAUGGCAGUGCCAGCUUCCACAGGUACUACCAUCAAACAGGAAGUGAAUGAAGCAUGCUUAAAACUUUCUGAAGAUGGGGAGGAGUCAUUAUUUCUGUCAGUAAAUGUGGAGAAGAAAUUAUGUAGCUAUGUGGGAUCAGACAUGGGACGACAAUUUCUAAGCAAGCGGACAGAUAUCAAGAAACAGUUUUUCAAGUUUUGUCAAGAUAUAUAUAAUGCGGAGAAAGGAUACAAAACCAAUGAAACAGCAAUGUAUGAUGAGGCAACGCAAGAAAACCCAGAACCCAAGCAAGAUGCAAAUCAAGGUAAUAUCCGUCAACAAAAAGGUCCACUUGGCACUCAACAACCAGAAGCAGGAAAGGGCAGGGAAACUGUACCUAUGACAGGGAACCAGCUUUAUUCUAUAGCACAUCCUUCAUCUGAAACACAGGUACCUUAUUCUCCACCAGCUGCUAAAACAAAGGAAAAACAAAAAAGAAAAAUAACUCCAGCAGAUAGUUCUGAUGAUGAACCUCUGGAAAAGAAGCCAUCACCUUCAGGUGUAGAUAAGCCAUUCAGAAAGAACACCAAAAUGUUAAAUAGAGGAACAGCCAAGUCAAUGUCUGUGACAUUACAACACACACAAGAAGAUAGAUCUGACUGUGGUUCAAACCUCGUAAUUAUAGACAUGUCAUCACAUGCCUCUGCACUGACACAACAAUCCAGAAAGAUUCACAAAACUGGGAAUAAAGGCUCCACUGUGAAAAAAUCCUCUAGUUCUGGAGAAAAUCUGAAGAAGGUUGUGAAGAAUUCCUUGCGAGAGAAAUCAGCCACAUUCAUAACCAAGAAAGCUAGAAAAAUGGUGAAAAGAACCAAAAAGAAACCUGUAAAACACAGUAAAAACAGCUUUCAAGAAAUUAAAGAAAAAUCUGAGUCUCCCCCAGAUCCACAAAAAAACACUGCAUCAACUCAAAAACCCUGCAGCUUCAGACAGCAAACAGAGAAAAAGAGAUUUGGAGAUGAUCCUACUGAAGAUUUGGGAAAAGAUCUGAGGGCCGGGACAAAAUGGGAGGGAGAGGAAAAGGAUAAUAACAAGGCUGUUAUUUGUCAAGGCAACUCACUUCACCAGUGUGACGUUUGUAAAGAUGUUUUCCUCCAAAGGCAAGAUCUUCUAGAUCAUGUGACAACACAUACUAAAACAUUACCUUAUAUCUGCAUAGAGUGUGGAAAAGGAUUCGAAAAGAAAUGGAAGCUGGAUCUACAUACAAUGUCCCAUUUGUCUCACCAUCCCUUCCAGUGUGAUGUUUGUGGAAUGUCCUUCAAAAUGGAGGCAAUCUUGCGUACUCAUCAAAAGCAACAUAAAGAACUAGAACCUUUCAAGUGUAACCACUGCCCUCUUAAAUUCAAAUCAAAAGAAGAAUCCAGAAAUCACAUGCAGCAAGAGCAUAAAAUGUCAGAAAAACAUGAAAUCAUGAAACUAAGAGUUUAUAAAUGUGAGUAUUGUAACAACUUGUUUUACUCAAAGGACAGUUACUUGGAACAUGUUCAGAUUCAUAGUAAAGAAGAGAGUCCCCUUGUCUUCUGUGAUACAUGUGGGAGGUCGUUCACAAAUCUAGCCACACUUAACGUCCACAAAAAGACCCAUCUGGACAAACGACUUCACUGUGACAUAUGCAACUUUUUCUUUAAAGAUGCCCACCAACUGUCAAAACACUUUCAGACAAUGAAUCACAAACUGAAGGUUGAGCAGAUCAACCACAUCAAGCACUUGGAGGAAACAAGAGACACAGUGAAUGAAGCAGAGGAAACAGGGGUUGUAGACAGUGUCUCUAUGUUAUUGGAGGAGAUAGACAAAGGGUCCCUCAAAGAGAUGCCAGAGAAAACACAACUCCAUCUCGGUGAUGGAGUAGCGGAGAAAACAGCUGAUGAUACCAUAGAGGAUGAUAGGCUCCAAUAGGGGGAAAAUAGUGGAACUGAGGGGCCUCUUUAAGUUAUAUACAGACAUUUGAGACACUGGCACUUAAAUUUGUGUUCCUCAGUGGUUCACCUGGGAAGCCAUUUCCAAAACUUUUGUGUAAAGUUUUGCAGAGUGCCGUAUUAUCCAACUAAAUCAAAGA